GCGCGCCCCCCUCUCCUGCUAGGCCCCGCCCGCGCCCGCAAUGGCCCUCCGCCCCGGCUCGGGGCGCGAGGUCCCGUGCACUGACCACUGACCGACGCCCCCAUUUCUGCUCCCGCCUCCCUGCCGGCCAGCACCAUGGGAUGCAAUAUGUGCGUGGUCCAGAAACCGGAGGAGCAGUACAAAGUGAUGCUUCAGGUGAACGGGAAGGAGCUCUCCAAGCUGUCUCAGGAGCAGACGCUGGAGGCCCUUCGCACCUCCAAGGAGCCCCUGGUCAUCCAGGUGCUGAGACGAAGCCCCCGCCUGCGGGGUGACAGCUCCUGCCAUGACCUUCAGCUGGUGGACAGUGGCACUCAGACCGACAUCACCUUUGAGCACAUCAUGGCGCUGGGCAAGCUGCGCCCGCCUUCCCCGCCCACAGGCAUCCUGGAGCCGUACGUCCUGUCUGAGCUCACCCCCAUCAGCCAUGAGUAUUAUGACCCAGCGGAAUUUAUGGAGGGCAGCCCGCAGGAGGUAGACCGCAUGGACGAGCUGGAGUAUGAGGAGGUGGAGCUUUAUAAAAGCAGCCACCGAGACAAGCUGGGUCUGAUGGUGUGCUACCGCACGGACGACGAGGAGGACCUGGGCAUCUAUGUUGGAGAGGUGAAUCCCAACAGCAUAGCAGCCAAAGACGGCCGGAUUCGUGAGGGGGAUCGCAUCAUCCAGAUUAAUGGCAUGGACGUCCAGAAUCGAGAAGAGGCAGUGGCCAUCCUGAGCCAGGAGGAGAACACCAACAUCUCCUUGCUGGUGGCACGGCCUGAGAGCCAGCUGGCAAAGCGGUGGAAGGACAGCGACCGGGAUGACUUCCUGGAUGACUUUGGCUCUGAAAAUGAGGGGGACCUGGGCGCUCGGAAGCUGAAGUCACCCCCUGCCCAGCAGCCCGGAAAGGAAGAAGACAAGGGAGCUCCAGAAGCAGGCCCGGCUUUGAGCAACAGCCAGGAGCUGGACAGUGGGGUAGGCCGGACAGAUGAGAGCACGCGCAACGAAGAGAGCUCGGAGCAUGACUUGCUGGGUGAUGAGCCUCCCAGUGCCACCAACACCCCUGGGACCCUGCGCAAAUUCAGCCUGCAAGGGGACUUGCACUUCAGCAUGGACUCGCUGCUGGUAGAGGGUGCGGCGCUGGGUGCAGGGGACGUGCCUGGCCUCACCGACGAGGAGUAUGAUCGCUACCGGGAACUGCUGGAGAUCAAGUGCCACCUGGAGAACGGCAACCAGCUGGGCCUCCUCUUCGCGCGGGCCUCGGCGGGCAACAGUGCCCUGGAUGUCAACCGCAACGAGAGCCUGGGCCACGAGAUGGCCAUGCUGGAGGAGGAGCUGAGGCACCUGGAGUUCAAGUGCCGCAACAUCCUGCGCGCGCAGAAGAUGCAGCAGCUGCGGGAGCGGUGCAUGAAGGCCUGGCUGCUGGAGGAGGAGAGCCUCUACGAUCUGGCGGCUGGUGAGCCCAAGAAGCAUGAGCUGUCUGACAUCUCUGAGCUGCCCGAAAAGUCCGACAAGGACAGCACCAGCGCCUACAACACGGGGGAGAGCUGCCGCAGCACCCCACUUCUCGUGGAGCCCCUGCCUGAGAGCCCCCUGAAGCGGGCUGUCACCACCGCUGCUGGCAACUCCAAUUUGAACCGGACCCUCCCUGGUCCCCCCAUCACCAGUCCCCCCAAGGCAACCCCCACACCAGGGAGCCCUGCGAAGUUCCGAUCCCUCUCCCGGGACGCUGAGGCAGGCCGGAGGCAGCACGCGGAGGAGCGUGUCCGCCGUGGCCCCAAGACUGGGGUGACCCUGGAGCGGGUUGGCCCAGAAGGCAGCCCUUACCUGUCUCGACGCCAGCGUGGCCAGGGCCAAGAGGGUGAGCACUACCACAGCUGUGUGCAGCUGGCUCCACCACGCAGCCUGGAGGAGCUGAGCCACAGCACCUUGGGCCUGGCUGGUGGUCCCCGGGUGGGCGGCGUGGCAGCUGCAGCUGAGGCACCUCGCAUGGAGUGGAAAGUGAAGGUGCGCAGCGACGGCACUCGCUACGUGGCCAAGAGGCCAGUGCGAGACCGGCUGCUGAAGGCCCGGGCCCUGAAGAUCCGGGAGGAGCGCAGUGGCAUGACUACCGAUGAUGAUGCAGUGAGUGAGAUGAAGAUGGGCCGCUACUGGAGCAAGGAGGAGCGCAAGCAGCACCUGAUCCGCGCGCGCGAGCAGCGGAAGCGCCGCGAGUUCAUGAUGCAGAGCCGGCUGGAGUGCCUGCGGGAGCAGCAGAGUGGCGACAGCAAGCCCGAGCUCAACAUCAUUGCGCUGAGCCACCGCAAGACCAUGAAGAAGCGGAACAAGAAGAUCCUAGACAACUGGAUCACCAUCCAGGAGAUGCUGGCCCAUGGCGCACGCUCAGCAGAUGGCAAGCGGGUCUACAACCCUCUGCUGUCUGUUACCACGGUCUGAGCCACCCCAGCAGCCCUCGGCUUCCCUGAGUCUGGUGUGUGUGUGUGUGUGCGC